AUGAGUAAAUUUAGUAUAAUCGUUUCUAGGGUUGAUAAUGGUGUGGGGCUGUGUGGGUAUCCUUGUGUUAAGUCAGGUUGUUCUUGGAUAUGGUCCUGGUCCUGGAUAUUUUCUGCAGGAUAUAUCGCCUCGAAGGCCUUUGAAUCCGUUUGGAGGCAAUUCUCCUGGUUUUGAGCUGAAUCCAUACCUAGCAUACAGUAAAUCAUCUUACCAGAACUUCAAGAAUCAAAGGAAUGCCCAUGCUUAUCUACCCUAUGGCGCUCCUAAUCUUCAGCUUGGAAAUCAAGAAAUCCACGAAAUCAUCGGCUGUCUUGUCAUACGAGGAUUUUAUGUAUUUGAUAAAACAGAGUUUCGACACUGCAUUGAUGCUAAAACCUUGUAUCAUCUUCGCAGUUUUUCAGUUAAAGAACUGUUCGAUAAUCUUCACCUUGAAGAGCCUCAGCUAAAUGAACCUGGAUGUAUUUUGUUCGACUAUGCUGACCACUAUACCCCAGAUCUUAUCAUUAACAACAAUGUCUGUGUUCGUUAUGAUGGUGGGAGAGGGGGCAAAGGUGGAGGAAAAGGUGGUAAAGGAGCAAGUCCUAAUUACGUGGAAUACUGUGUUGAUUUCAAGAAUACUGCUUUGCUUACUCGGUUUCAUGAAGCUCUACUGACCCAAGACGGAGAAGUUUACGUGUUCAAAGACGCGCCAUACUACCAGCUGAAGAUGGAAUUGCGGAUACCGGGUGGUGUCGAAGAGUUUGAGAUUGACUACGACUGUCCUCAAUUCCCUGAUAAAUCCACAAGUGUUGAGUUUGAAGAGGAAGAUGAUGCAGUGGAAAUAAGCCGUAGUGAAGGUGCAACUGGUAGACCUUAAGUCUUAUUUGCCUGUUUUAUGAUUUAUAAAUAAAUUUUUAUCUAAA